AAAACUAUGCGACAUAGAAAAGUCUGACCGACGGGGAAAAAUGGCCGACACGUCGGGGACAGAGUUGUCAGACGAGAAAGAAAAAGAAUCGGACUCUGAUCGCAAAAACAAGCAACAGACGCAUGUGUGGCAGGAUGCAAACAAGUCGGGAAAAGGCAUUAUUUCUUCACCCCUGCCCGAGACGCUGGGCUUUUACGACAUUAGCGCUGACAUCAGGCGCGAGCGAAGGGACCACUCGGCAGAUUCGUCGCUGACCUGCUUUAUCUGCACGGAGCUGACCCGAGGCUACUUCCUGGAGCACAACGAAGCCAAGUACACCGAACGUCGAGAGAGGGUGUACACGUGCAUGCGCAUCCCCAAGGAGUUGGAAAAGUUGAUGCUCUUUGGUUUCUUCCUGUGCGUGGACGCCUUCCUGUACGUGUUCACACUGCUGCCCCUCAGGGUGCUGCUCGCUGUGCUCCGCCUCCUCACUCUGCCCUGCUUUGGCUUCAGGGCACGCACAUGCCCCUACUGCAGAAGAAGCAGUGGAUCGAGGCUGCUGCAGCCGGCGCAGGUGUGUGACAUUUUGAAAGGACUCAUCCUGGUGCUGUGCUUCUUCAUGAUGCACUACGUGGACUACGCCAUGAUGUACCACCUGAUCAGAGGGCAGUCCGUCAUCAAACUCUACCUCAUCUACAACAUGCUGGAGGUGGCAGAUCGCCUCUUCUCCUCCUUCGGCCAAGACAUCCUGGACGCUUUGUACUGGACAGCCACAGAGCCUAAAGAGCGCAAGAGGGACAGCAUCGGAGUCAUCCCUCACUUCCUCAUGGCUGUUUUUUAUGUUUUCCUCCACGCCAUCCUUAUCAUGGUCCAAGCCUCCACGCUAAAUGUCGCCUUCAACUCGCAUAACAAGUCUCUGCUCACCAUCAUGAUGUCCAGUAACUUCGUGGAGAUCAAAGGCAGCGUUUUCAAGAAAUUUGAAAAGAACAACCUGUUCCAAAUGUCCAACAGUGAUAUCAAAGAGCGCUUCACCAGCUAUGUUCUCAUGCUCAUCGUGUGUCUGAGGAAUAUGGAGCAGUUCUCAUGGAAUCUGGAGCACCUGUGGGUGUUGUUCCCCGACGUCUUCAUGGUCCUCACUUCCGAAGUGGCGGUUGACGCCAUCAAACACGCUUUCAUCACCAAGUUCAAUGACAUCACGGCAGAUGUUUACAGUGAAUACAGAGCCAGCUUAGCUUUUGAUCUCGUCAGCAGUCGACAGAAGAACGCUUACACGGACUACAGUGACUCGGUGGCCCGCCGGAUGGGCUUCAUCCCGCUGCCUUUGGCCGUGCUACUUAUCCGGGUGGUCAUGAGUUCAGUAAAGGUGCAAGGAGCCCUGUCAUACACGUGUGUGCUCCUCUUUUAUCUCGGACUGGUCACACUGAAAGUUCUGAACAGCAUUGUGCUGCUGGGCAAAUCAUGCGUGUACGUCAAGAGGGCCAACAUGGAGGGCAAAUUGUUCGAAAAGCCACACGCCGCACCUUCGUCCUCCUCAGCCAAGACUCCCAACAAGAAGGGCGACCACGUUGCGACCAGGACACCCUCAGAUGACACCAAGUCGAACUCAAAACUGCCCUCCGUCCGUCUUUCCUCCUCACCCUCCUCUUCUUCAGUGACUACUCAGCCAGCACCAAGGUGGGACUUUCCUCCACCUUCUGGCGACUUUUCGGCCUCAGCGCCUGCAUCGCCACCUCCCCCUCUUGACCAGCCGCCUCCUGUACUCGAACCCUUGCAGCCUGCUCCCUUACCCCCCAAAGUGGAGCAGGAGCAUGAACCUGAGGUUAGACCCAAGGCUCCUAAAAAGGACCUUCUGGAGAUUGACCGCUUCACAAUCUGUGGAAACCGCAUAGACUGAGGGAAAAGACACGAGUAAGUUACUGGAUGCGCAUUUCCUGUCGCUUUGAGACGUUUCAUGACCGGAAGAUUAAGCGAGCUGAUAAUCAGCAUGCAGGGAAGCUGGCUCUGAAAGAACCUUUAAAGGUACGGAAGAGCACAGCUAAAGCCUACAGAAAAAGUGUAGGGGGGACUCUCACUCCAUGAGAAAGGAUUCCCGUCCUGAUUGUCACAAUGUUGCACAAAAUGGGGUUUACAACUUCCUCAAGACCAAGACAAUGUUGCGCUUGUUCUUUUGGUUUUAUGAUUUAUAAUUGUAAAGCCUAUGUUGUUGCUUUUUCUUGAUUCAAAUUCAAAGAUGAGCUAACGUUCGAGAAAGGAGUUGAGUUCAGUUCGCACGUCUGUAGCCACUUUCACACAGAGAAAAAUCACCAUGAGAAUUACCUGCAAAAUUGGUUUCAUAUUCACGUAAUGUGAUACGUCAGUCUUUCUUACGCAGAAACCCCCCAAUAUUCCUCCUCACGCAGAGACUCUGCAAAAUGAAAAUGCCUUUUUCACCCACCCUUUUUGAUAAUAAGGAUUCCGCUUCGUAGUGCACAAAUCACAAAAGAGCAAUCGAUUUUCAGACGUGAACCAAAAUAGCCGGACCAAUUCUGAGCCUCCAUGUAGAUGUCCUGCCUGCUGUCCCAAUACUUUUGUCCAUAUAGCGUUAGCACUGAUGGAGCAAACUUGCUUGUUGCCUUUUUUUUUAGCCUUCACUGCCAUGUUUACAUCCUUGUCGUAGUCAGAAGGCUUUUCACAAUGAAAGCCUUUUGAUCUGGAAUGUUUUCAGAUUUGACUUUGAUUGCAAUGAAAUUAUUGUUUGUUCCCUGCAGAAAUAUGAAUUAUCCUCUUUUAUUCAGAUAUAAGAUGUGACAUGUCAGGUGUGAUUUAUUGAUUUAUUUAAUUUUAUUUACGGUACUUCCCACCAUGUCGGCGAGGGUGAGUACGUAAGAGAAAGUUUAUAUGGUUUACUGCCUUUGUUGUAAUUAUAAUAAUGAAAUAAAAUAUUUUUGCGGAAGUGCCACCUGUGAUGUGAUUAUAACUCAUCUUCUUUUAUGAUCCUGGCAUACCGUUUGCAAUAAAACACAAAAUACUUCCCUAAUGUCACAA